CCUGGGUAUGACCACAAUAACACUGCACCAGUUAGAUCAUCCAAGUGUAUCCUGGAGACGAUACUUGAUGCCCGUGAUUCACAGGACUUGGAGAGAACAUUGCAGGUAGCAGGAGUGACGUUCAGUCGACGAACCAGCAGGAACUACCAACAGAGAAGAUGGCCGGAUACUGGACAGUGUGGGCAAUUGCUUUGUACAUCGGUAUGGCCACUGGUCAGGGCAUAACUGUGACACAAUGUAAUACAACGUAUCAAUUAGACCUUUCCGUGAGCUACUUCCAGGAUAAGAAGAUCGAGAAAGGCAUAAGACGACGUGGCAAUGCGACUAGUCUAGUGGAGUGUUUGUUGGUCUGUGACCGAUUCAGUGCUGGUAACCUCCUCUACAACCGCGCCACCCAGGACUGUAUCUGCCCCCUGGGCUACCCUUUAGGGAUGGUCUCCGCACCUGGUUAUACGUACUACAGCACACCAGGUCUGACUGGAACGUGGAUGACAGAGGCGAUCAACGCUUCUUCACAGGGCAAUGGGUAUCCAUUGAGCAGUGUCAUUGGAGGUUCUACCUCUGUCUGGAAGCCAAGGUCGGACGAUGCAGCUCCGUGGAUUGAGGUUGGGAUAGAUACUUUCCUCUACUUUGCUAUGGUCCAAAUCUACCCCGACAUCUCUACCUUCACGAAGGACAUCUGGUUUCGGGACUCCAACAGGAACUGGAUGGUGACAUGGACGAGGAAUUAUGACGAUGAGGCAUCCAUUGUGGGGAUUUUUAUUCCACACUGUCAAAUGCUGACAGUCCCCACAGACGCAAUCAGAAUCACACUGGACAAACACAGCAGUGUUGAAGUCGCACGCGUUUAUGUGCGUGGUCUUCUGUAAAUUCUUUUCAAUACAAGACCAUCAUUGUUGAAAACAGGCUCGGCCCACACAUCAUCAACUCUGUCACCAAGUGCCUCGGCCCACACAUCAUCAACUCACCAACAGCCUUGGCCCACAUAUCUUCAACUCCGUCACCAACAGCCUCGACCAACACAUCUUCAACUCUCUCACCAACAGCCUCGGCCCACACAUCUUCAACUCUGUCACCAACAGCCUCGGCCCACACAUCUUCAACUCCGUCACCAACAGCCUCGGCCCACAAAUCAUCAACUCACCAACAUCCUUGGCCCACACAUCUUGAACUCUCUCACCAACAGCCUCGGCCCACACAACUUCAACUCCGUCACCAAUAGUCUCGGCCCACACAUCUUCAACUCUGUCACCAACAGCAUUAGCCCGCACAUAAUCAACUCUGUCACCAACAGCCUCGGCUCACACAUCGUCAACUCUGUCACCAACAGCAUUAGCCCGCACAUAAUCAACUCUGUCACCAACAGCCUCGGCUCACACAUCAUCAACUCCCUCACCAACAUCCUCGGCCCACACAUCUUCAACUCCGUCACCAACAGCCUCGGCCCACACAUCUUCAACUCUCUCACCAACAGCCCCGGCCCACACAUCAUCAACUCUGUCAGAAACAUCCUCGGCCCACACAUCUUCAACUCUCUCACCAACAGCCUCGGCCCACACAUCUUCAACUCACCAACAGCCUAGGUCCACACAUCUUCAACUCUAUCAGCAACAGCCUCGGCCCACACUUCUUCAACUCCCUCACCAACAGACUCGGCCCACACAUAAUCAACUCACAAACAGCCUCGGCCCACACAUAAUCAACUCCCUCACCAACAGACUCGGCCCACACAUCUUCAACUCUGUCACCAGCAGCCUCGGCCCACACAUCUUCAACUCGGUCACCAACAUCCUCGGCCCACACAUCAUCAACUCACCAACAUCCUCGACCCACAAAUUUU